CAUAGACAUACAGUAACAGCAGUGAGAGAUAGAGAGAGAGAGUACAGUACAGUAUAAUAGCGUAUAUAUAAUACAUGUAUUAUUAAUAGUAUGAAUAAGUUGUGCAAACAGUGAGACACACAUUACUGUUGAGUAGUAGUACUCUCUCUCUAUGUAUUGAAUUCAUAGCAUAAAUACAAUAGUGUUUUAUUUAGUUGUGACCAAUGAUUAAGUGAUUGCUUUUAUUAUUAUUAAGCAUCAAAUUGUUUGUCUGAACACAAUUAGUUGUUAUUGGGAUCUAAUUUUAGGUGAUCGACAACAACAAACAAACCAUAUAUUUUGUGUAUAUAUAUAUCUCUCUGCAGACGACAGCGAUUACGACGACAACAACGACGACGACGACUACGAAAGUAAUUGCCAUUUAAAUGGCGAGUCAGCCCAACAGUGCGCUGAGGGCACUGGCGCUCGAGUUUAAGAGUCUACAAGAAGAACCAGUUGAAGGCUUUCGAGUAAAACUGGUAAACGAUGAUCACCUAUACGAGUGGGAAGUGGCCAUUUUCGGGCCACCCGAGACACUCUACGAGGGCGGAUAUUUCAAGGCACGGGUCACCUUUCCGCACGACUAUCCAUACAAUCCGCCUGUACUCAAGUUUCUGACCAAAGUGUGGCACCCGAACGUAUAUGAGAAUGGUGAUCUAUGCAUUUCGAUAUUGCACCCGCCAGUUGACGACCCGCAAAGUGGUGAACUUCCGUGCGAGCGCUGGAAUCCCACACAAAAUGUCAGGACUGUGUUGUUAAGUGUGAUCUCAUUGCUCAAUGAGCCGAACACCUUCUCGCCGGCCAAUGUGGACGCAUCGGUAAUGUAUAGGCGUUGGAAGGAAUCUAAAGGAAAAGACAAAGAAUAUGAAAAUAUCAUUAGAAAACAAGUGGCGGCCAGUCGUUUGGAGGCCGAAAAGGACAACGUUGUUGUGCCGAUGACUCUCGAGGAGUACUGUAUAAAACAUCGCACUAAGCCGGCAGAAACCGAAGCAGAUAUGACCGACUUCUAUGACGACGACUAUGGCGAUGAUUUGGAUGAUGACGACGACGACGAAGACUAUAAUGAUGAAGAUAACGAAGACAGUGGUAAUGGAGAGUCGUGAUGAUGUCAGUCAUUAUUAUCAAUAAUAUACAUAUAAAUAUAUAUACAGUAAUUAUAUAUAUAUAUAAAUAUACAG